AAUGGUCAGGUGCCCUGUGAAAAAGAAAGCCAAACAAGGAAACAAGGAAAAGAAGGAGGAGGAGGAGGAGGAGGAGGAGGAGGAGGAGGAGGAGAAGAAGAAGAAGAAGAAGAAGAAGAAGAAGAAGAAGAAGAAGAACAACAACAACAACAACAACAACAACAACAAACAACAACAGUGCUGA